CGACACCCGCGUUCAUUUACUACGGAUCAGUGUGGCUGUCAUAAUCUCUCCUCAUUGCUUCUGCGAAUCUUUUUAUCAAGUUUAUUUUUUUUUCUGGACAAGUCGAUUUGUGAUUUAAUCGCCGUCGAGAGUAAAAAGUUUGCAUUCUGCACAAUCUUACCCGAGCGGGCGUGUGUGCGUGUGCACGCCUCGGUGUCUUCCAGCAUGGAUUUGCUUUGGAUUGUCUGCUCGCUCCUGUGCGUGUUCGCCCGCUUGGUUUCGUCCGAGCGCCACAGCGUCUUCUGGAACGGCACAAACCAAAAGUUCUUGUGGGACGACUAUGCGGUGGAGGUUCGGCUCAACGACUACCUGGACAUCGUUUGCCCGCACUACCCGCAGGGCGAAGGGCCGCAGCUGGACGCCGAGCGCUACGUGCUUUACAUGGUGGAGCGCGAGGAGUACGAGUCGUGCAAGCCGCAAUCGUACGACCAGAUGCGCUGGGAGUGCGGCCACCCGUUUGCGCCGCACGGGCCCGAGAAGUUCUCCGAGAAGUUCCAACGCUUCACGCCGUUCACCCUCGGGAAGGAGUUCCGACAAGGGGAAAGCUACUAUUAUAUCUCCAAGCCUUUACACCACCACGGAGAAGAGUGCCUGCGGUUAAGGGUGGACGUCGUCGCUGCUGACGGCUCGCAGGAGGCCAGGGUGGCCAAAGGAGGCACGGCUGGGGACGCCGUGGGAGGCGGGGGCGGCGUUCACAACCCGUCCAACAGAUUGCCUGCAGCUGAUGACCCGGUGGUUGACCUCCCGGAGGUUCGGAAGAGCGUACGGACCAGCUCGGCGGCGUCGGCGACGUCGCGAUCCGUCCUGUCGUUGCUCGUCCCGUUCUCGUUACUGCUUUUGCUGCACUGAGAAAACGCUCGCAGGUCUUUUUUUUAUUUUUUUUUGUGGGACCACAAUGAAGGGACAGUCUGCGGGGACGAAACCACCGACCGCCUGAGCUCAGCCCUGCGGCCGGCCACAGGGCGAGACGGGAGGACAAAGAGUCGCGUUGGGACGAGCGACCGGGACAAACGCUAUGAAAUAUGAAACUGAACCUACUGCCCUUGGAGCCAAAGAUUGGUCGCCUCCUCCGUCUUGUGCCCCCCCCCCAACCGCCCGCCAUUAUCGUCUUCUAUUUGUGCGUUAUCGUAAUGCUUUCCAGUGGCAUCGGAGCGAUGUUUGUGUUGUCGUCGUCCCCUCCCCCUGAAAUGUAGCAUUGACGGACUGUUGUCAUGGCAACCACACAAUGACACACGCUGACACACUGCCAUCGGAAAAACUUGUUUGUACAUUCUGUGAAGAUAAUUUAUGACAUUGCAUCGGGAGGUUUCCUGUAUAUACCGCGAGUGUGUGUGUGUUGUGUUGUGCGUGAAAGGUGAAAGUUGUGCGACGAAAUGGAUUUGUGCCGAAAACAAACACUGACUUGUGUGGUUUUGUAUUGCGCAGGGAGGCUGGUCUUCUCUGUUUAUUCAGUUUCAUCUCAUCACCCAAAAAAACCCCAUUAAAUUUCAAGUUGAUCAAUAAGCUACGACCGCAUUCAAUUCGGAUGAUUCGAAAAGACAAAGCACGACAGUGUGAUGACAGUUUAAGUCCUUUUUAAUUUUUUUUGUUCUUCUUUUACCAAAACAUUUUUUUGUACAUGUGUAAGUAAAACAAGUGUAUGAUAUGUAAAUACAUAGAAGAUUAUAUAUAUAAAAAAAGAAACCUGUUUGAUAUUU